AUGAGGCGUGCUCUGUGUGCCCUGCAAGCAGCAGGGCAGCAGCAGCGACUCUUACCAAUAUGUUGUCUAGUCAGAACGUACACUGCUGCUGCUGCAGCUGCUGCUGCUGUCACGUUGCAGCAGCAGCAGCAACCACAACAACACCAGCAGUAUCUGCAGGGACUGCAGCAGCAGCAGCAGCAGCAGCAACAGCAGCAGCAGCAGCAGCAGCAGAAUCAUGUCUUGAGUUCUCGUGCUCGUUAUUUGCUGCUAAGAAGAAAUAUGAAGAAAUGCACAGAGCAGCAAGAAGAGCGGCAGCGGCAGCGGCAGCAGCAGCGUGCAGCAGCAGCAGCAGCUGCAGCAGCUGCAGCUGCUGCUGCUGCUGAAAAUGGAGGUGAAUCGGACCUUCAGGCCAUCCCUGAUCGUGCAGCAGCAGCAGCAGCAGCAGCAGCAGCAGCAGCAGGAGAAGGAGCCGAAUCACCAGGAGGAAUAGCAGCAGCAGAAACAGCAGCAGCAACAGCAGCAGCAGCAGCAAGAGUUGCUGCACUAGCGCAGCAGCAUAAAAGAUUAAAAAAAAGAAGAGCAGCAGAAUUGCCUCAUAGCCAUUGGAGUUUUGUAGGUAAAGGUAAUGAGGAACCUGUGUCUUGUGUUGCUGCUGCUGCUGCUGUUGCUGCUGCUGCUGCUGCUGCUACUCAUGGUCCUGCAGCAGCAGAUAUGGGCUAUGGAGCAGCAGCAGCAGCAGCAGCAGCACAAGUAGCAGCAGGAUCUAUAUUUGAAGAAGACACAGGAGAGCCAUUAGAUACAAUACUAGAGACACAAGACACAGAAGCAGCAGCAGCAGCAGCAACAGAUGCAGCAGCAGCAGCAGCAGCAGCAGGACCUGCUGCAUUUAUACCUAAGGAAGCAGCAAAAAUUAAAUGUAAUGCUGUAUGGAGACUACCAGAGGAGACACAAAAGGAGACACUUCCUCCAAGUAUAUUAUACUUGCAGCAGCCUGCUGCUGCUGCUGCUGCUGCUGCUGCUGAGGAUUCAGCAGCAGCAGCAGCAACAGACCCCACGCAGGAGCUGCUUGAUGGGGCGAAAGUUGCACAGCAGCAGCAGCAGCAGCAGCAACUGCAGCAGCAGCAGCAGCAGCAGCCAAAAGUUUUUGAAUGGCCUGAAGAUCCGCCACCUUCUGCUGCUGCUGCAGCUGCUGCUGCUGCUGCUGCAGCACGUCGUGAGUGGACAUUUAAAGGGGAGCAGCAGCAACUGCAGCAGCAGCAGCAGCAGCAGCAGGAGCGACUAAUAGAAUUAUUAGCUAAUAAGGCAGCAGCAGAUGUCUCCUUUGCUGCUCCUCCGCAGGCAAGAAAGAAGGUAGAACCCUACAGGUUAAUUAAGCAUGCAUUAAAAGGUCCCUAUACACCCGAACAGCAGCAGCAGCAGCAGCAACAGCAGCAGCAGGAACAACAACAGCAGCAGCAGCAGCAGCAGGACACGGAGAAAGUUCCUCCUUGCCCUCGUACUGCUGUUGCUGCAGCUGGUGACGCGGUUAUACCUAGCCAACUACCCAGCAGCAGCAACAGCAGCAGCAACAGCAGCAGCAGCAGCAGCAGCAGCAGGGAUGAUUUAUUAGAUAGUGGUGCUCGUUUAGUUCGUGAUCUAAAGCAGCAAGCAUUAUUGCAUGCAUCUAAUAGGUGCCUAGACACCCGAAUAAUACAAGACAUAAAGGAGACACUUAAUUAUUAUGAUGGUAUAGAGAGAAGAAGGAGACAGGAAGAAUUAGCAGCAGCAGCAGCAACAACAAAUGGGGUGUCUGUGCAGCAACUUAUUGCUGAAGGUAGAGGAAGCAGCGAGAAUAUUGCUGCACUUAUUCGUGUAAGAGGUCUAUACCCCCAGCAGCAGCAGCAGCAGCAGCAGCAGCAGCAGCAGCAGCAGCAGCAGCAGCAGCAGAAGGGAGUUAGAGGAGGACUUGCUGCUGCAGUUGCGGUGUAUGAGGAAGCAGCAGCAGCAGGACUGCAACCAGACACUGAAUGGCAUGCGCAACAAAAGGAUUUUAAUUUAGCUCCUAAUCAACAAACAUAUGCUAUACUACUCAGGAUGUUUGCAUUAGAUCUAAAUGAUCCAGGACGUUUCUUUGCUCUAUGGGACUUCUUAAGAUCAGACAAAGAAGGAAUAAACCCUCAGGAGGCAGCAGCAGCAGCAGCAGCAGCAGCAGAAGAGGAAGAGGAAGCAGCAACAGAAGAAGCAUCAGCAGCAGAAGAGGAUACCACCAGUUUCCUUAACGAAAACAGCAACAGCAGCAGCAGCAGCAACAGCAGCAGCAGCAGCAGCAGCAGCAGCAUAAGCAACAGCAGUCUAAGCAGCAACCUUAGACACCUCUACAGCACCACCGCCACCACCACGAGCACCACGAGCACCGCAACCACCGCCAGCAGCAGCAGCAGCAGCAGCAGCAGCAGCAGCAGCAGCAGCAGGAAAAAAGAAGAAAAUUGUAUAACAACUAGCCCGCCUAUAUUAAGAUUAGCACUAUUAAUGAGCAUAAAAAGCAGGGUAUUAAUAAUAUAA